AUGUGACCCGGAAGUGUAAUCUAACAUGAGGGAGAAAGAAUUGACCUUUCGCAAUUCGCACGUGUGUUGGGAGGAAAACAAGAAAACAGGUUUCGAACCCAUCAUGACGUCAUUAUCCUACCAGCUGAAGCGGCUGGCGCUUCCUCAGAAUGAUCCAAAUUUACUGUCUCGCAAAGAGGUCACCUCGCUUCUCUUUGACCCCAAAGAGGCGGCUACCCUCGAUAGAAGCACCUUCUAUGCUCUUGGCUGCACGGGCCUGGAGGAGCUGCUGGGGAUCGAACCGGCCCUCCGGGAGUUCCAGGACUCUCUGUUCAGCCGUGCAUCGGUGACGCUGGAGCGCAGUGUUCAGUCCAAAGAUGUCAACAAGAAGCUGGAUGCAGACAUCGCUCUGUUCCUCACCCGCAUCUCCCCGUACUUCCUCCUCAAGCCGGCGCACAAGUGCAUCGAGUGGCUGGUUCACCGCUUCCACGUUCAUCUGUACAACGUCGAGAGCCUGCUGGCUUGCGCGCUGCCUUACCACCACAGUAACACGUUUGUCCGAGUGGUGCAGCUCCUCAAGAUCCAGGACGCCACGCACCGCUGGAAUUGGCUGCAGGCUCUGCAGAAACCAGGCGUGCCGCUGGCCAAAGGGACUCUGGUCACCCACUGCUACUCGGACUUGGGCUUUAUGGACUUUGUCUGCAACAUGGUCACGACAUCAAUUGAGGCUUUUUCCGGACAUUCCAAGAGUUUCUCCCAGCUGCGAGUGGUCUUCUCUUUCUACGCCUCCACCAUCGUUUCGGCUUUGGAUGCCGUGGACAAAGUUUCAGACACCAUCAUUUCAAAACUUCUGCCAUACGUGCAGAAGGGCCUGACGUCGGAAGUGGCCGACUACAAGGCGGCCACCUACAUGAUCGUGUGCCAGAUGGCGGUCAAGGUGGUGAUGGAGGCGAGUCUGAUCAACACGCUGGCCGUGCGCAUCGCCAAGUCUCUGCUCAAAGAGCCCGUGCUGGCCAAAGAGGGGCUGGGCUGCCUCAUCGUGCUCCUGCAGAGCCAGAAGGAGGGCGCAGCCGGGUCCAGAUUCUGCCACCACGUGUGUUCCAUGCCUGCGCUAGCAUCCACGCUUCAGCUCCUGGCCACCACCCACGACGUGAGCCCUCUACUACGCUACCUGCUGCCUCACCUGGUCCACGCCCUCUUUGGCAGCUCAGACGACGCGCACGUGCUGGAGUCGCUCUUGGACUCGGUCCCCCUGACCAAAGGCUUGGACGGCGAUGUGGCUCGCUUGCUGCUAGACGAUUACCUGAGUCAGACGGAGCUCGCCGCGGACAACGUGGACACCCUCAACCGGCGUCUGCAGCCGCUGGUGCGACUCUUUGAGUCCAAGUAUUUGGCGGCUCUGGACGGGGUCCUCUCGCGUCACGCCGCCAACAUCAGCGACGAGGAGCAGAAACGCCUCUUCCACCAUUUCCUCUCUCUGUCCAUAAGCAGGGGGAAAUUCCAGAUCAUGGGCGACUCGGAUACGUCGCUGCUGCUCAGCCUGAAGCACCCGCAGGCGUCGCUCCGAGUCUCGGCUCUGGAGCACCUGAGGAGCCUGGCGGCGUCGGGACAGCUUCAGACUUUGGACCAGGACUUCCUUAAAGACGCUCUGAUGGAGCGCUUGAAGGACGACGUGCUGGAAGUCGUCAGUGCGGCUCUUCAAACCUUGGAGAUGCUGUUUGACGUUCUGGACACUGAGAGCACGGUGUCCAAUUUGCUGUCUCUGCUGCAGAGAAUCGAUCAACCCGAGGCCGACAGCUGGCUGCCAGUUUUAACCGAAGCGGUGCGUUUAUUGACCGAUUCCCGGCUGGGGAAGGGGAGCACCGAGGAGGUGGAGACCAUCGUCUGGGGGCUGCUGCCCUUCCUAGUGGUCACCAGCUGUCGUCCGGACUCAGCCCAGCUCCGCCUCGCGCGCUGCGUCGCCUGCUGUGCCGCCGUCGCCAGCCAUCCGCUCACCGCGAGCUGGGCGGAAGAACUUCAGCAAGUGAUAAAGCAGAGCUCCGAACUGGACCUCGUCGGUUCGGCCAACCAGCGUCUGGUCUCCAGGCUGAAUGAGAACCUGGCCAACAUGGAUCACCUGGCCAAACGUCAUGCUCUGGAGAAAUUUGGUGUGUUAGGGGAGCAGCUGCGCGGGCGCGGUGUAAGAGGCCACACCUUCUUUGCGGUGAUGACGGAGACUCUUCUGCUGGGCUUGGCGCAACUGAGCGAGACGGAGCACCUGCUCACUGCCCAGCGGCUCUUAGCUGUUCUGGAGCCUCCGCUGCUGGAAGUCACCAAGGCCGAUGGCGCCCAGGAAGUCCCGCCUUCUGCAUCCUUCGGCGAGGCGCUGUCCUUGUACCUGAGCAAAUGCGAGCAGCAGCCCGGCGGGCGACACCAGCGAGAGGCCAGCCAAGUGAUGAUUUGGCUCCUCCGAGACUUCAUCUCUUCUCUCAAGUGUUUCGACGGCGCUUUUAAAGCUGCCGUGUGGUGGAACCCGGAGAAGCUGGACGCUAACACCUGCUGCUACUUGGGGCUCAUCUCGCGCCUCUUCGCCCUCGUCAUUGGCGGCGCCGAUGAGGGGCCGGCGGCCGGCAGUUUUCGAGAGCUGGCCAAGCUUCUUGUCAAGGUGCACCUGUGCGAUGCGGCCGCGCUCUUCAAGUUCCUCUGCCUGCUGUGGGGAUACGGUGACAACCGCGGCGACCAGCUGGGCGUCCGGGUGGACGCCGUCCUGCACGCUCGGUCGCUCUACGUGGGCGCCGCUUUACUGAGCGCCCAACCUGCCGCCACGCUGACUGAGCUAGCUGGAGCCAACUCGCCCAUGGUCCCGGCCUUGCUGUGCUGUCUGACCUCUCCCGUCCGAGAGAUCCGAAGAGCGUCCAUCAGCGCUCUGCAGAGCCUGUCUGGGGCAGACGCUGCUCCCUUCCAGCCAAUCAUAAAAAAGCUUCUGUCUACCUGUGAGGAAAUUGUCGCCGACCCGUCAUACUUGAGCACGGUGGCUUUCCAACCUCAGGUUCUGGGCCAUUUACACGAGACCUGCGAGUCGGCUAAAAAGACGUCGUCGCUGCAGGCUUCCAUAAAUCAACUGCUACUGAGCGUCCAGUCGCCGUGCUGCCCGUCCUAUACCGCCACCUGCCUCCUGAGAGCGCUGAGGCACGUCAACGGACAGACCGUCCUGUGCGCUCUGCUGCCCGUGCUGGAUCGGCUGCUCCGCAACGACCCCGACAUGCCCGCUUUGCUGCCGGACGAGGCCCGGCUCUUGCAAGUGGUCCUGGGCAAGUACAACGAGGCGGCGGCCCCUUUGCUGGCCGCCGACCACAACUGUCUGGACCUGCUGCUCAAGGCCAUGACGACUGCCACCGCUCCGUUGUCGGGCAUCCCCAGCUGCCAGAUCAUCGCUUUGCAGCAGAUCACAAAGCCGUUCUUCGCCGCCCUGGGAGAUCAAAAGGUCCAACAGAACCUUCUGACGGCCUUGUUCGACCUAUUGCCGGAAAGCAGGAAUCCGAUACUUGCCGACGCUGUCGGCAGCACCUUUAAAGCGAUUGCAGUGGAUGCUGAGCUGGUGGCUAACGAGUUGGCACCGCCAGAAAAAGCCAAGGUCACCGUGACGCUUCAGCGAACCCGCAGGAGCCGAAUUUUGCAGAGGAAAAGCGAUGAGAGUGGCGAUGCACCGCCAGAGGGGGGCGCCGUUUCUUGGCACAGAGUCACUCUGAUCCUGGAGCUGCUGCAGCACAAGAAGAAGUUGAAGCGAGCCCAGAUGUUGGUGCCGGUUCUGUUCUCGCUGCUGGCCAGGAGCCUGGAGGCGUCGGCCCCGGAGCAGCCCAACAUAGAGUACACCAGGCAGCUUCUGCUCGGCUGCCUGCUCAACGUCUGCAACAAAAUGGCGCCGGACGGGCAACCUAGUGGACCAGAUGUCCUGGAAGAAGACAAAUUCAGCGUGGAGCUGGUGGUCCAGUGCAUUCGCGCGACGGACGUACCGCAGACUCACCAUCACGCUCUGCUGCUGCUGGGCGUCGUCGCUAACAUCUUCCCCGAGAAAGUUCUGCACAACAUCAUGCCCAUCUUCACCUUCAUGGGCGCCAACAUCAUGCGCCUGGAUGACGCCUACAGCUUCCGAGUCAUCGACAAGACGGUCAAGAUGGUCAUCCCAGCUCUGAUCCAGGCCGGCGGUCAGUCGCACGGCAGCGUGGACGCGGUGGUGACGAAGAUCGUGCACGUCUUUGCCGACGCGCUGCCUCACGUGCCCGAACACCGGCGGCUGCACAUCCUCGCUCAGCUGGUCGGCACGCUGGGCCCGGCCCGCUUCCUCUGGGUCCUGAUGCUCCUCUUGUUCAAGCUUCACACCACACAGGCGUCUAGCUUAGAAAGCGAGAAGGAAGCGGCUCUGGAGCGAGACGUGGACUUCUGGAUCUCGGUGUGUUGCCAGUUUGAGGUCUCAGAGCAGCUCACCUCUCUCAUCAACAUCCUGAAAUUCCUCAUCCAGCUGCCCGACGACAAAGAGGACGUGGGUGCGGCGGUGGCUAACCGCGCUGGCGCCCGGCGAGGAGAUGGUAAGAAAAAGAAAAAAGGGGAAGAGGAGAAGGUGGAAGAGCUGAUCUUCAGCGUGGAGGCCCACAGCGGCAAAGAGUUGAGACACUUCAAGUUCCUCUCCGUCUCCUUCAUGGCUCAGCUGCUCGGCUCGACCGCAUUCAUCGGGAAGGUAGCGGACACUCAGGACGUUGUCGACGAGAAUGGCGCAAAAUUUCUCCAGGAGUUGCAGCAGCAGCUGUUGGAGGACAACCUGCGUUACAUUCAGUGCGUCACUCGCUGUGUGGAGGAGAAUGCCGACAGGCCCAUGGCAAAGUUUUGGAGAGUUCUUCUCAACAAAUCCUACGACGUUCUGGAUAAGUUGAACGCUUUGUUGCCCACGGACACUUUCAUCACAGUGAUGAGGGGGCUGAUGGCAAACCGGCUGCCGUCGGUGAGGAGGAAAGCCAUGGAGCUGCUCAACAACAAGCUUCAGCACAAGACGCAGUGGGCGGAGCAACAGGUCGGCGUUCUCUUACAGCUCAUCGGCGACCUCCUGGACAUCGUGGGCACGCCACACGGAAGCGCGGCGGAGAAAGCGGCAUCCGAGCUGGCCGUCAACAGGCAGACGGCGCUCUACAGCCUCAAGCUGCUCUGCCGCCUCUUGGGCGCAACUCAUCAGGAAGCCUUCGUCCCCGUCCUCCUGCGCAUGGUGGACCUGGUCGCGUCGCCGCACCAAGAGAAGAACGUGACGGCCAGCGCCCUACUGUGCGCGGCCGAGGUGGUGGGCGCCCUCAAAGCCCUCGCCAUCCCGCAGCUGCCGAGGUUGAUGCCAGCCGUGCUGCACGUGCUCACCGAUGGGAAGGAUGUGCUGAGCAAUGAGAUUUACUUGCUGAGCGCCGUCACCGCCCUGCAGCGUGUGGCUGAGACGCUGGCGCACUUCAUCAGCCCCUACUUGCAGGACACCACCUUGCAGGUGUGUCGGCUGACGUGCCUCCUCGAGAAGUCUUCGUCGUCUUCCUCCGCAACCAAUCAGCUGUGUGCGCGUCUGGCCUCGCUCAGGAGCUCCCUGGCCACCAAGCUCCCCCCCAGGGUCCUCCUGCCCGUCUUGACCAAGUGCUACCACAUCAUGGUGGUGGACAAAAAGGACGAGCUGGGGGCAUUGAUGAGCAUCCUCAAAGAACAUCUCGGCCACAUGGAGCGCGAGCCGCUCAGCUUCCACCAGUCUGAGCUCACCGACUUCUUCCUCGCAGCACUGGACUUCAGAGCCCAAUUCUGCGAGGGCGACCUGGCGAGGACGGCUCUGAUCGAGGGCAGCGUGAUGGAUUGUCUGCUGGUCAUGGUGAUGAAACUAUCGGAAGUCACAUUCAGGCCGCUCUUCUUCAAGCUGUUCGACUGGAGUAAAUCGGGCAGCAAAGAUCGCCUGCUGACCUUCUUCCGACUGUCCGACUGCAUCGCCGAGCGCCUUAAAGGUCUCUUUGCCCUCUUUGCGGGAAAUCUGGUCAAGCCCUUUGCAGACCUCCUUCAGCAGACCAACAUCUCCAAGACGGACGAGUCGCUCUUCGAUUCCGAGCGCGGUGCCGAGAAGAGCAACCAGCUGCUUUGCUGCGUCCUGGACUGCCUGUACAAAAUCUUCUUGCACGACACGCAGCGCUUCCUCAGCAAGGAGCGAGCUGAAGCACUCCUGGUGCCCCUCGUCGACCAGCUGGAGAACACGCUAGGUGGCGAUGAAGAGUACCAGCAGAGGGUGACCAAACAUCUUGUCCCGUGCGUGGGUCAGUUUGCCGUGUCGCUGGCGAAUGACGCCCAGUGGAAAAGCCUCAACUAUAACAUCCUGCUCAAGAGCAGACACGCCGACGCCAAGGUACGCUUCUCCUCGCUGCUGAUGCUGAUGGAGCUGGCGGCCAAGUUGAAGGAGAACUACAUGGCGCUGCUUCCGGAGACCAUACCCUUCCUGGCAGAACUCAUGGAGGACGAGUGUGAGGAGGUGGAGCAUCAGGUUCAGAAGGUGGUUCGGGAGAUGGAGGACAUCCUGGGAGAACCGCUGCAGAGCUAUUUCUAACACGCGCAUCAUCUCAAAAUGGCCUGCCCUUGAGGUCCUCAUCAUGAAAGCAGAACAUGGACUUCCGAGCGUCUAUAUUCUAUUUUUAUAAUCCUAUUGAACAUUUUGCAAGUGUCUGUUGGCAAGCUCUUAUUUUUUGCUGUCUGCAUGAGGUUACUUCAUUAAAAAAAAAAUUGGUUGUACCUUGUAUUGUACCUGAAAUAAAUUGCCACAAGUGUAACGCAC